AUGUCAACUACCUGCGACAUGUCACCCUGCGAGACCCGACCGUUCCGAUUCCUUGACUUACCUAAAGACAUCCGGCGCCUCGUCUACGACGAACUAGCGCAACCGAUCCAACGCCCAGUCUUGACUAAAAGCAUCGGACUAUCCUUCUACGACCGCGAUACUCCGCACUCGCUGCUGUUCGUCAAUCACUUCGUUCACGAAGAGGUCAUCGCCUCUCUCAGCCCUCAGCGCGAGCGACAGCCUGUUGUCCUUUCCUGCGACACGUCGUCUAUUGAUCGAUUUGGCUCUAACGUUAUUUCCUUCCUUAGACUUGGCUUCUAUAUCGACCAUCAAGCCAGGCAGCGUAAGGCCGAUACAUACAUGCGGGAGCUCAAUAUCAACUUCUUUGCUCGGGAUCUAAAAGAGCGCCUUGCUGGAGCUUUCGCUAAGAGUCAUGGCGAGGACGCGCCGUUCCCUGAUGCGGCGCUCACUGAUUUCCUCCGUAUCUCCGUCUUGCGAUCGCGCCACAUACCAGAAGUCCACCUCCGCAUUCUAGUGGACGAUGGCGCGCUUAACAAUCCAUAUUCGAGCGAUUCGCUAGCUCUAUUCUGUCUGGAGAAGAGGUUGAAGGAUGCCAACGAGUGGCCAAAUCGAGAUAGUAGCAGUCGGAUCAGCUUUCACUUGUCGAUGGUGAGCCAGGACGACGAUGCGGAGGAGGCGUUCAAGAAGAAGAAUCCCGAACUGGUUGCCGCAGGGGACAGCGUGAAGUGGGAGAUUGCGGAGGAAGAAUAA